AUGACUGAGAAGGAUCCCGGCUUCAAGGACCGACCCCCAUACAAGAUCCGGUCAGACGAGGAAUUCGGUCCCGUCAAAUGGCGUGCAAGCUGCAAUUGCGGCCAGGUCACGUAUAAGAUCAACCGCCAGGAACCGCUUAACGCAAAGUACUGCCACUGUCGGGGUUGCCAAGUGACGCAUGGCGCUCCGUUCCAGUGGUGCGCAGUCUUCCAUAAAUCCGACCUCCAGUUCACCAAAGGCACCGAGGGCUUGUCAUUCUACUCCUCCCAAGACAAGUCGAGGGACUACCAGCUACCCACAAAGGUGGCAUGCGAGCACUGUCGCAGCCCGAUCAUGGACGAAGGGCGGAAUGUCUGCUUGAUUUUCCCGGAGUUGAUUGACUAUGAAGUGUCGGGGACGGAUCACGACACAUGGAGGCGGACGUUCGAGUCAAGGAUGCACAUCUUCUACUCUGCUCGCACAAUGGAUAUUCCCGAUGGAAAGCCCAAGUGGGCUGGAUUGGACGAGAAGAGCGAUGCGCUUGAUGAUUAUGGAAAGCCCAAGGAUGAUAAUGCGCGGAUUUAA